AUGAGCGACAAUGGGGAUAUGGAACAAUCUCGCCCAUCGAGAAAGGCGCCUGCGGCUCGGCAGUGGGAGGAAGCUCGUCCCAAGAUCAGGGACUUAUAUAUCAUCCAAAACCUAAAUCUCUCUGAGACAAUGGCAGAAAUGGAGAAGGGUGGAUUCUCGGCCAGCGAGGAACUGUACAAGGAGCAGCUGAAGCGGUGGGAGAUGGGAAAGAAUGCCAAAAGGCAAGACUGGCUCGCGUGGGCAAAGCUCUACCUGGAAAAACGUGCUAUCACCAACAGUUCUGAAAUUUACAUUCAGAUACACAACAAGAUUCGCCGCAUCCAGGAGCUUCGGAGAGAGAGCAUUCCCAGACUGCUCCCUUUGCACCCGAGCUCGAAGCAUCAGCGCGUGGACGCACAGAACAUACGACCUUACUGUCCUUAG